CAGAGUCUAGAAGUGAAAUAAGGGACAAAGCUUCUUUUUUUCCUCUGGCCAGCCUUCGUGACGGUCUGCGUCUUGGCUGCCGCAGGUUGACGAUUUGACUCGACCGUGACCGCGAUGGAUGUACCUUGGGGCCUCGGCAUCGAGGUUCAGCUGAGAUGCAGCGCUGCGGUUGGGGCACGGAAAUCGGCACACAAUGCCGCAUCAUGGUUCAGGCUCGGCUUCGUGCUGCCAUCUGAAGGUGGUGUGGCCCUGCGUACCAACCUUGGGUUACCCCUCUGGACCAAAACCCCUCUUCGCCUGCGGCCCCUCUCCUCAUAUCAACCAAGCAGGAUUGCCAUCCCCCUCAUCAAAACCAGAACAGACGCACAGAAGCAACUCCGAGACACAUCUCAAAACCAGCACCCUACUCGAGACCGUCCCUCUGGUGCAAGUGACUGAAUAAUACCUGCAUAGCACGCCCGCGAUCCCCUCAUCGCGGCUGGUUGUUCGAGUGCCACAGCCUAGGGACACCUUGCGUAUAAGUGACCCCCAUUGCCCGUCUUGGGCAACUGGCCACACGGCCCGAGUAUCAGGAAGUGUCGUUGUCCUUGUCACAUCGCUGCUCUAGCACCAAUAAAUUCCCCGAAGAACCCAUCCAGCCGCAUUGAACGCCAUGUCCGGGUUCCCCAGGCUCGUUCCCGCCUUUACGGCCCAGGUGGGUUGGACACGCGACCUCUGCUGUGGCAGCACGCUUGAAAUGGAAUGAGAAUGGUCCCGCUCAACCCGGGCGUCCAGAUCGGCACGGCCCGCAACGGCGACCUCUUCAUGGCCUCCUUCGUCGAGGGCGAAGGCUCCCUCAGGUCCGAGCCGGGCUACGAGGUCCAGUUCGAUGGCGUCUUCGCCCACGGCAGCGACUACAUCCGCCCCGAUGCCGACGGCCGCUACGCCCGCCUCGACGUCAACAGCCUGCUCAGGGACUCCAAAUCGGGGGCGCUGCUGCGCUAUGGCUACACGGGCAACCUGGCCCUCAUUGACCCGAUUAAGCUCGUGCUUGGUGACAAGCCCGAGGCCAAAUCGACCGAUUUCGGCCACGUCUUUACCAACAUCACAUUCGAGAGCUCCGAUGCAGCCCUCAAGGCAUUGAACGACAAAGUCUACGUCGGCUCCGGCCGCUUCAUCGUAGAGCAGGGCAAGCCCGUCUUGGUCGAAUACAAGAUCAGCGAGGUGACAUACUGAGUCGUCACCACGCCUCAGCGACUGCCGUAAUGCUUCCUGUGUGCCGAUCAAAGGCCCGGAGGCCCGCGGAGGAAAGAGGAAUCGACAUGGGGGAAAUUUGCUAUUCAGGGGGAAGGAUUGCUGGCUCUCAGACAUGCUGCUUUCUUAUUUCUGGACAGUCUCGUUGCAUUCUUUACCAAAUAUCUCCAACCGUCAAACGACCAAACAUGGUAUUCGCACGGUUGGUUCGUGACGCCAACGGCCGAAUAUACGAUUGCAUGACUUCCUCGUACACCAUCUGCCCGCGUGAUUCCAACUAGACUCGAUCCUGCACCGUAUAUCCUGUCAAGCCUUGUUUAUUGUGCAUAUUAAUCCAUCCCACGU